CUAUCAUACACGCCACACGUUGUGAUCAUCAUGUAGUUCGGCCUAAACAAUUUCUCGGAGUCAAUCUUUAGGCUCUCAAAAGUUAGAGGUCUGUGCCGUGUAGUUUUCAUCCGUAAGAUCGUACUGCGACCGUUACAAUGUUGCGACAUAGCAGUACAUUAGCGUCAAUUUGCCCCUUUCACCGAGUGGUUUCUGUGCGCCACUAGAUUUCAGGGCCUACUCCUAGCAUCCAUUCCUUUGAAAGCUACACACCAUGCAGCUCCCCAGAAGAUUUGUAGAGAAGCUGAAUCCUUCGAAAAGCAUCCACGACGUAGCUACAGAAGCUGUGGACUCAUCUGCGAAUCUAUCAAACAAAAUGGCCCCUGCAAUAUCUCCAGGCUGCGAAGCACUCCACAUUGAAGUUCAAAGUACCCACUCUCCGAUCAAAUUAUUGAUUUGAUCACCACCAGGGACAUCUCUUUCACCACACGCAAACCAUCUAUUCUCUCUGGUCACAAACCUAACAAGCUCUCAACGCAAGUUCCCAAUCUUUGAAGCAGAUUCUAACGUCAAUCUGGUUGUUGAAGCUACAAUUUCCUUAACUCAUCCGCCGCAGCCUGCUCUCCAACCCCGUUCCAACGCAUUACCUAUGAUCAAUCUCUUCGAAUUAACCGUGGCAUUGCGCCGUGCAUCUGACGUAGUGAGAAUGUGAAGGUCUUCUGCGCACAAAUUGGAUGUCUAGAAAUGGCUUUCAGCCCCAAAACUCACUUCUGAAAGGUGUCCCGGUGCCAAGAGUUUGCACUUGAAAACGACUGUGAGGGGAUGACUGAGAUGUUAUAUGCAGAGCAUCUGGGUUAGAGACCUGGAAGCCAGCGCCUCGUGUCUUGGUGUUGCGAGAGGGUUUAAUCCGGAGCUUGGAAGGCGUGAAAAUUAGCGGGAUACAUGUAUUCCGAUUACGAUAGUGUUCGACCUUCUGAAGUUGGCACCAGAGCGCGAGCAACCUCUUUUAUAAGCUUUUGGUGAACAAGGUGUGAGCAGCUGCCAAGUCGAGGGGUUACGAUAUGGACUACGCUCUUAAUGUAAAGGUGGACUACCCUGAGAAGACUGAAUAUUCAGAUUAUGAGGGUAGCGAUUACUCGGGGUUUGAGGACAACAAGAAGAGGAAGGUUACGGAGAGUGGCAAUGGAGCAUCAACUGUGCAGCUGACGAGAGACGAGUUAAAAAGCCUUUUGGAGCCGCUUAAUAAAGAUCAACUUAUUGCCCUACUAAUAGAAGCAGGGUCUCUGUUUCCUGCAGUGGCAGAUGAUAUUAGAGACAUUGCUAGUAAGGACCCGGUUCACCGGAAGCUGUUUGUGCGUGGCCUGGCUUGGGAGACCUCUUCAAUGGCUCUGCGGGAAGCAUUUGAACAAUAUGGCGAGGUUGAGGAGGCCUGUGUCAUCACGGAUAAAGGAACUGGAAAAUCACGAGGAUUUGGGUUUAUAACUUUCAAGCACAUGGAUUCAGCACAUCGUGCUUUGAAGGAACCCAGUAAGAAUAUCGAUGGUCGAAUCACAGUAUGCAAUCUGGCGUCCGCUGGUAGUACAAGUGGAACAUCCUCCACGGAUCAGGCACAGAGAAAGCUCUAUAUUGGUGGUCUUUCAUAUGACACUACAAGUGACACUCUGCUUAAUAUAUUUUCACAAUAUGGAGAGAUAGAGGAAGGUGCCAUUGCUUAUGACAAGAACACUAACAAAUCCAGGGGGUUUGCGUUUGUCACCUUCAAGUCAAUUGAAGGAGCUAAGAGGGCCAUAGAGGACAGCAACAAAUCUAUUGAAGGAAGGCAUGUGACUGUGAAGCUUGCAGCAGAGGGUCAAAGAGAGAGGACACAACCACAAGCAACGUCCGUGCAAUUACAAUCCUUGCCUCAAGUACAAACGGGAUAUUCUUCUAUCAACCCAACUAUCUCAAAUUAUUCCCGGCCUCAACUGGCUACUUCUGCCCCUCAGACACUAAGCUUUUCAGGUUAUGCCCCUCUAGCAUACGGUACUCAAACUACAUACGGAAGCCUUGUAACAAAUCCACAGUAUGGAGGUCUUUCAUCGUCACCUCAACCUUACAAUCCAAGUUCUCAAUAUGGACAGUAUACUACCUUUGGAAAUCAAUCAGCUCAUUCGGGAAUACCAACCGUGUCUUCUAUUCAUGGUGGUUCACUCUCAUCAUACUAUACAGGCACAAACUGAGAGAUGCACCAAAAUCUUUGAUCAACUGUACUUGAUUCAGUACUGUUUGAAAUUCAAUAUAGUUGAGCACAUAAGAAUAGGAUGUUGAUCUCAUCAUAAGUAGCAUCGAACAGUGAGGAUGCGUAAGAGCUUAGUUCCUAGUCUCAGUUUUGGAUACGGAAGUCGAAGACAUACUUCUGUUUUAUACUCACUGUUUUCUGAAACUAUUUGCUUUGGUGAGAUAAGUGCGAUUUCCAUUGGGAAUCACCCCAGAAGCGUCAUCAACCUUUUAAAACUGUCAUGCCGAACUGCUGAUAAUGACUUUGAUUGACUAAUUCUUUGUCAUUGAACUCCUUGCUUUUGAACUAUCUGCUCCAGCAUACUUUUAAUAGUUAAAAAAAUUAGGUUUAUUGAUUACAUUUUUUUCUCAUGCAUGGCUUGGAAUCCUCCAUCUAGACCUUGUGGGAU